CGAGACAUUAUAACAACAAAACAAUAUUUUAUGCAUAACGUAACCAUAUUAAUUGGGGCUUAAGUAUAACAGAGGGGCGUAUGAGACUACUUUAUCUAACGUCGGAUCAAACUUUGUAGAUUUCAAAAUGAUGAACCAAUAUUUAAAAGAGUUAGAGCAAGAUCCAUUUGACCCCGAUGAAUUUGUUGAGAGGAUGGUGCGGAGGAGCAUGCAGGAAUCCCGACUUACGGAUGAUCAAAUUGAUCCGGAAAUGAUUCAUGACAUAUUUACUCAAGCCAUACAAGAUUUAAAGGUACUGCAAGAGAGACAGGAGAGAAAAUGUAUGAGACUGGAACAAGCUGUGCAGGAGGAGGAGAAGCAAUAUGGUGCUAAACUAUCCGAGAUUAUGGAUCAACAUUCACAUUGUGUAAAUGUAUUUAGCACCUUGGAUGAGCGCAUGUCUCGUUGUGGGGGCAGAGCAUUAGAAGUUGGUGAGAAACUCGGUGCCGCAAGAGCUCCAAGAGCACGGUCAGCCGCAGCUCGUGAUCUGUUGUCACACCUGGCUAACUUUCUUAGCCCAGGACCUGUUCUUACUGAUCUAUUUAAUGAUCCAAAUAAGCUAAAUGAAGCAGCAGACGUGAUACAAAAACUGUACACAAUAGCUCAAGAACUACCCCCAGAUAAAUUUGAAGUUGCCAAGAAGAAGAUUGAGGCUAAAUAUGACGAAAUUGAACGGAAUCUAAUUGAAGAGUUUGUAAAGGCCCAAAAUCAAGGCAAUUUGGCAAAGAUGAAAACAAUUGCUAAUAUUAUGACCAAUUUCAAAGGUUAUUCUCAGUGUGUUGACGCCUUUAUAGAAACAAGUCAAAUGAAUACUUUGCUAGGCAAAGAUAUAUUCGCUUCUGUGUUACCAUUGUGUAAGAAGAAUAAUACAAUAAUUAACAGUGUGUUUCCGAACCCCGAGCAAGUGAUGAGCAAGUUUGUACUAAAUAUUUUCCAUCUGAAGUUACAAAAGUACAUACAGACAAAGUUAGCGGAUAAGAAUGAUAUUGAGAAAUAUUUGAGGAACCUAUAUGAUAUGUAUACAAGUACACAAAAAGUAUGUGACGAGUUAGUGUCAGCAGGCAUGGUGUCUGCUGAUGGUAACAUAUCAACUGGGGACCUACGUCGUGAGGCACUGGUCAAUGGUGCAAUGGCAGCUGCUAAUGAUGGCUAUCCAGCUCUGGAGACGCGACGACUGAAAGCUGUGCUCUCUAAUGCUUUGAAUGUCUAUUAUAAUGAGAAACAUCAUGUCAAGAAGCAAAUACAAGGUGGUGGAUUCCAAGAGCUCCGUCGUGAUUUACAAGCGGUGAUAGGUACCCGGGCUAACAUCAACAUAGCUCAGAUAGAGAACUACGGAGGAGAGACCUUCCUCAGUGAGCAGUUAGUACAGAAAAUGCUUGCUGAUGCCAACAUGUCCUUUCUCAGAUGUAAAACUCUGUGUACUAGUAAUGAGUUACCAGGUACCGCAAUAGCUCUACUCGAUGUCCUCGUCCAGCAAUUAUUGAUUGAACAUGUGGAUUACGCACUAGAUCUUGGUCUGCAGUCCAUACCCAUUGCAGAGAACAAAUCACCACCACAGAUAUACUUCUUUGAAAUUGUCAACCAGACGAAUAAAAUCGUGAAGAUGUUUGAAGAGCACUUUCAAGAAUCAGUGUUACCCUGUUUGAGUUCAACAACGAGACAGAGUGAGUGUGUGCAGAAGAAGAGCGUAGUGCUGGAGCAGCUGGAGAACAAGGUGGACGCGGGACUGGAGCGCGCCAUCGCAGCGGUGGUCGGCUGGGUACGUCUGCAUCUCAACACAGAACAGAAGAAGACUGACUUCAAGCCUGAAGGAGACAUCGAUACUAUCGCUUCACCUGCAUGUUUGGCUGUUGUGUCGUACUUGAACUCGGUGAUGGACAAAGUGUACACCAACUUGGAGGGUGAUAACUUAGACGCGGUGUCUCUGGAGCUCGCAGUGCGUCUGCACAGAGUUAUAUACGAACAUCUACAGAACUUCCAGUUCAAUUCUGCAGGAGCUAUGAUAGCUAUAUGUGAUGUAAAAGAGUACAGAUCAGCGGCGUGCGGGAGGUCAGGUAGCGCGCCGCACGCACACGCGCUGUUUGACGCACUGCACGCACUUUGUAACUUAUUACUUGUGAAGCCAGAGAACUUACAUCAAGUCUGUGAAGGAGAGACAUUGGCCGAACUAGAUCAGUCUAUAUUACACAAUUUUAUACAGCUGAGGUCUGACUACAAAAGUCAUAAGUUAUCCAGUUUCCUUAAAGGACUGUCGUAAAUAUAUCAC